AUGUGUGUGGAAUCCAUGGAUGCUGUGUUGGACGAUUAUUUUGAGAAAAUUAGACUAAGUUCCUUGAAAGUUACAAAUUUCCUCUGUGUGAACGUCGGUGAUCACGAUUUUCAACAAGCAUUGGAAUCAACUCAAGGGUUUAUCGAUGUUCUAAAUGAGGACUACGAGUGUCCCGAGUAUGGCGUCCUGCCACAACUGGAAGGCGAUGAUUCAAAAAAGAAAAAUAACAAGAAGGUCUCUCUGUAA